ACGCGUCUAGUCGGCGGUGUACAUGUGGCACGUUGCGCGCUGUUUGUUGCUGUUCAGCGCUUUCGGACUGGCCCGUGUCGAAGAGCCCGAUUAUUUCAGCCACUGACUGACUCGCUCCACGCACUCUGCCAUGCUGCAACGACUCCCUUUGUGCUCCCGCCUCUGGGGGGUGCCCUGGAGCUCUGGGGCCAAGAUGCACCCACGCUUCACCAGAGCCGUGUCACAGGCCAAGUUCCCUGUCACACGCUCACCAGGGAAGUCCUUCGCACACCGCAGCGAGCUGAGGCACGCCAAGCGCAUCGUCGUCAAGCUGGGCAGCGCUGUAGUAACGCGUGGGGAUGAGUGUGGCCUGGCGCUUGGGCGACUCGCAUCCAUCGUUGAACAGGUGGCGAUGCUGCAGAAUCAGGGCAGGGAAAUGCUGAUUGUAACCAGCGGUGCAGUGGCGUUCGGGAAGCAGAGGCUAAGGCACGAGAUCCUGCUCUCUCAAAGUGUGCGGCAGGCACUGCACUCCGGGCAGAACCAGCUGAAGGAGAUGUCGGUCCCUGUGUUGGAGGCGAGAGCCUGUGCAGCUGCAGGCCAGAGUGGUCUAAUGGCUCUGUAUGAGGCCAUGUUCACCCAGUACAGCACCUGCACAGCCCAGAUCUUGGUUACAAACCUGGAUUUCCACGAUGAGCAGAAGCGGCGGAACUUGAGCAGCACGCUGCUCGAGCUGCUGCGCAUGAACAUUGUGCCCAUCAUCAACACCAAUGACGCUGUGGUGCCCCCACCAGUGCCCAACAGCGACCUGCAGGGCGUCAAUGUGAUCAGCAUCAAGGACAAUGACAGCUUGGCAGCACGUCUUGCUGUGGAGAUGAAGGCGGACCUUCUGAUCGCACUCUCCGACGUCCAGGGCCUGUAUGACAGCCCCCCGGGGACGGAUGAUGCCAAGCUUAUCGAUAUUUUCUACCCUGGAGACCAGCAGUCCAUCACCUUCGGAAGCAAGUCAAGGGUUGGAAUCGGAGGCAUGGAGGCAAAGGUGAAGGCCGCACUGUGGGCACUGCAGGGUGGCACGUCCGUCGUCAUUGCUAACGGGACAGACCCCAAGGUCACAGGACAUGUCAUUACUGACAUCGUUGAUGGGAAGAAGGUGGGAACUUUCUUCUCAGAGGUUAAGCCUGCCGGACCCACUGUGGAGCAGCAGGCUGAAAUGGCCAGACAAGGUGGCCGGACCUUGGCCUCUUUACUCCCAGAACAGAGGGCUGAAAUUAUUUGCCACCUGGCCGAUCUUCUUACGGAGAAGAAGGACGACAUCCUGGCUGCCAACAAGAAGGACAUGGACCUGGCAGAGAGUUCAGGGCGUCUCUCCCAGCCCCUUUUGAAGAGACUCAGCCUGUCUUCAGCCAAACUCAACAGCCUGGCCAUCGGGCUGCGGCAGAUCAGUUCGUCGUCGCGCGACAGCGUGGGCCGAGUGCUGCGGCGAACUCGUGUGGCCAACAACCUGGAGCUGGAGCAGAUCACGGUGCCCAUCGGAGUACUGCUCGUCAUCUUCGAGUCCCGCCCCGAUUGCCUGCCUCAGGUCUCAGCCCUGGCCAUUGCCAGUGGGAACGCACUGCUCUUAAAGGGGGGUAAGGAGGCAGCCAACACUAACCACAUCCUUCACCAGUUGACCCAGGAAGCGUUGUCCAUCCACGGGGUGAGGGACGCUGUGCAGCUGGUGAGCACACGGGAGGAGGUGGAGGACCUGUGCAGGCUGGACAAGAUGAUAGACCUGAUCAUCCCCCGUGGCUCGUCCCAGUUGGUGAGGGACAUCCAGCGAGCGGCCAAGGGGAUCCCCGUGCUGGGCCACAGCGAGGGGAUCUGUCACGUCUACAUCGAUGUAGAUGCCAGCAUCGACAAGGCCAUCAACAUCAUCCGGGACUCGAAAUGCGAUUACCCAGCAGCCUGCAAUGCCAUGGAGACCCUGCUGGUGCACAGAGACCUGCUGAGGACGCCGCUUUUCGACCAGAUCAUUGAUAUGCUGCGGGUGGAGAAGGUGAAGAUCCAUGCAGGUCCUAAGUUUGCUUCGUAUCUGACCUUCAGCCCGUCCGAGGUCAAGUCCCUGCGCACGGAGUACGGCGACCUCGAGUGCUGCAUGGAGGUGGUGGACGGCAUGCAGGAGGCUGUGGACCACAUCCACAAGUACGGCAGCGCGCACACCGACGUCAUCGUCACGGAGAACGAGGAGACAGCUGAACAGUUCCUGCAGCAGCUGGACAGUGCCUGUGUGUUCUGGAACGCCAGCUCCCGAUUCUCAGAUGGAUACCGCUUUGGUCUCGGUGCGGAAGUGGGCAUCAGCACGGCCAGGAUCCACGCCCGGGGCCCAGUGGGUCUGGAGGGCCUGCUUACCACUAAGUGGGUGUUGCGUGGCGACGGGCAGACGGUGGCGGACUUCUCGGAACAGGGCAGCAUGAAGUACCUCCAUGAAAACAUCCCUAUUGCACAGAAACUCUUCAGCUCUCCUAGUUACAGCGCCUCCAGCUAAACAUCUCCUUGGCAGAGAACUGUUCGUGAACCGCAACCUGCACCCAGACACCAUUGCCUACAAGUCCUGCUAUAGAUGUCCUCUGGCUAAAGAUCGAGUAUUUAAACAUCCGACUAGAUCCCAUCGUUGGGUAGAAUGAGCCAUGAUGUCUCUGGUCCCUUUAGGUGGAUGAUUUUCCUUAAGGCUAAAGCCCAAGGAUGCAAACAUCAUGUAUGUGGAUGUUUACAAUCAGAAUUACAUCUCACUAGUGGUCAACAAGAGAUACGCUAAAUGUUACUGCCUGGUGUGAAAGUACGGUUCUUUUUUAUGUUUCUGUACUUUUUCACCCCUCUGUUAGAUUUUAUGGCUCCUUUGAAAGAUAGGUUCUGGUAGAGGUGUUGAUUUACCAUGUGUUCUUAAGCAGUGUUGGAGGGGAGGUCUGCGUUCUUCAGCUUUGCAGCAGAUUCUCCCAAUAAAGGAACUAACAUUCCAGAAACGGGCUGCCUUCUGUCAGUCACGGCAGCUGGAUCGCGAUGCAGAUAUAUAUUUUUUGGUUUUAUUGUUAAAUAAAAAUUCGGCUGAAUGGUCCUGCCUUUGUAGCGCGUCU